AUGGCGGCACGUAACUUUGAAGAUCUCCUCCAGUGUGCGAUUCCUGUUUUCGAUGAUCUUCUCCCCCGUCCUCACGACACGCUCCACAUGCAUUCUGACUUGACGUUAGAUAUUCUAGAUCAGACAACAACCGAGCUUGGCAAGCAGUUCCGCAGAUUCAAGGCAAAUGUCUGCACAGCCUAUGAUGCAAGAGAGCUAGACAAGGAAGUGAAUACGCGAUCGAGGCGUCAGGCAAAGGAAGCAGCUCGACAAACUCAAGCUGGCAAGGGCAAGAACCCUUCCAAGCAUGAGGACAAGCCAGAUGGGAUGGCGGAAUCUGUAGAACGCAAUGUGUUGCACAGGAAAGUUUCCUUAAAUUUGCACACUUACAAGUUCCACUCGCUUGGAGAUUACGCGUUGUGUAUAAGGCGCCUCGGUACUACUGAUUCUUAUAGCACAGAGGCAGGAGAACUUGAGCAUCGCACAGGAAAACAAAGAUAUCUCAGAACAGACCGCAAAACAUUUGUUCACCAACUAACUCAGAUUGAGCGUCACCAAACACGCAUCAGACGUAUCAAGAAUCACCUUCAACAGUCCCAAUCCCAUGAAGCGGCAGACAGUGAUCCUACCAUUCACCACCACAUCGGUCUGAGUGAGAAAAUUAACGACAACAUAGGUUCUCAUUUGCGUUUGCGCGAGGGCGAUCCAGCCAUGAAGAAUUAUUUUUCACGCUUGAAAGACCAUCUUCUCCAACGUGUCCUAUCAUCUCAAUUUGCUGAUUUGGAUCAAGCGGCACAUGGCGACAUCAAUCAAAUUCUCUUCAAAAGGAAUCGCAUCUUCCACCACAAUAUUGCAUGCAUCAACUAUACAACCUACGACACAAGACGCGAUCAGGAUGUUAUCAAUCCCAAGACCUCUCACUGCAACAUCAUGGUGCUCAGUAGUUCUAGCGAAUCAGGACACUAUCAUUACGCCAAUGUAUUAGGAAUCCACCACGUCAACACUGUUGUUGUCAGAGGUUCCUAUCAGACUCCCCAUCAAAUGGAGUUUCUAUUUGUACGCUGGUAUGAGGCUGCAGAUGCUGAUAGUUGCAGGAUGGCUUUGGAUCACAUUUGUUUUUCGUUGUUGGAUAGUGAAGGCGCUUUUGGUUUCCUGAAUCCAGUAGAUGUCCUCAGAGCUAGUCAUAUAAUCCCUCACUUCUCUAAAGGAAUGCACCAUGCAGAUGGCAGAGGAUUGUCUGGCAUGGCUAGAGACAGAGGCGACUGGCAAGAAUAUUUCGUUAAUCGAUUUGUAGACAGGGACAUGCUCAUGCGGUUUCAUUAUGGUCUGGGGGUGGGCCAUGUCUAUUCUCAUCAGGACAUGCUGCCUGUGGGUUCUCCUUCCGACGUUUCCAGUCCCCAGGAGAUCACCGUUGAUGGUAGAGAGGGUGACGAACAUGAGGAGAUCGAUAGUGAAAACUCUGAGUAUGAGCCUACUGGCGUCGAGGAAGAAGUUCUAUUUGAUCAGGAGCAAAAUGGAAGUACGGAAUCUAUUAUUGAGGAGCUAGAUAACAUGUUUACCAUUGAACACAAGUUAGAUUACGAAUCCUAA